GGAUAGAGCGAACAAAAAGGUCUCGAUCAAUCUUGUGCGGUGCGAGACGAUGCAAGCGCUUCUACUCGACAAUGGCGGCCUCCGCUCUCUUCCUCCCAACCUUACCCCCGCUGAAACUUCUAUCCACGGAAAAAAGAUUGCAGAUUUUUCUCUGCACUUCCCUCCCCGCGUAGGACAACUCCAAUGGCCGAAUUCAGCCAUCAUCAGAUCCGAAGGAAGCAGAAGAAAGCGUCCUCAGCAACGCAGCGUGUCCUCGAAUAAACCCAGAGGAGGAGGAGGAGACGAUGAGUUGAAGCGGAGAUCCAAAUCCCCUGAUAACGACGAGAUACUUGCAUUGUUUAGGAGGAUUCAAUCUUCCAUCUCGAAGGAAGGAGAAGCUAAAGUUCCGAGAAGAAGAAGGCGUGGGAUUGCUGAUUCAGUUUCUCCAGAAAGUAGAAAAUCCAGAGAAAGCGGGAAAGAGCAGGGAGGAAGGGGAAGCGGAUUAGAAGAUGCUGCUGCGUUGGAGAAUUCAAAAAUUCAGAGACCUUUGUCGAAAUUUGUUAGGAGGUCACCUAUUCCUGUGGCAUCGCCAGCUGAAGAUAAGGGUUUGUUUAAGAAGGAAGAUGAGGGGGAGAGGGAACAGGAAGUGAAGGAGGUAGAAGAAAAGAGGGCUGGUUCUGAGGUGUCUGAAAUGCAGAAGAUUGAUGAAAUGAAGCUUUCUGAGCUGAAAGGGCUUGCAAGGGGAGAAGGGAUUAAGGGUAUUUCAAAACUUAAGAAAGGUGAGCUGUUGCAAUUGCUGAAGGAGAGGCUGAAAACUGCUGCUUGAUUAAAUUGGGUUGUUGAAGAAAUUGCGGUGAACUCAUUUGUUGGAAAAUUUUAAUGUGUUGUUGGUGAAUGAUACUAGAGUUUUGUUUUGUUGAUCAAGGAGAAACUUUUGUUGAGCUCAUUAUUGUUUUACCUUUGAUGCCAUGAGAGGUUAUUUUCUACAUCCCCAUUGAUUUUUAAAUUAUAGUAUAGAUGAACUAACUUUUGGACUUUUUGG